CAGACCAGAGAAGGUGAAUCUGAAAAAGCAGUGACGUUUUUAGGAUCUACGCCUGCUCCAUUGAUUCCGGCGGCAACCAGCGAGCUCUUUUCCAAUUUCCAAAUCUGUCACCGCAAAUCCUAACUCAGUUUGCCUUCAUCUUGUUCUAUUAUAUCAAGAUCUUCUAUAGUUUUGUCACAUUCACCAUAAACUGAAGACAAAAAACAAAGUUCAGCCGACUUUAUGGACGUGGAUCCAGAUAAAGCCUCACCAAACCCCACAGAUACAGUAGCUGUUAGUACCAUCGAUGACCCGCUCAACAAUCCCUAUGGCUCGCUGAACGAUCAUUGUCAUGAUCUCUCCACCCUGCAGGAUCUGGCUUGCCGAGGGGCGUGGCGGUCGAUCCUGGAUAAAGUUGGGCAUGCCCGUUCUCUUUCUCUCCUCACGAAGCCCCACGAGCACCUCGUGUACCUAACCUUCAAUGUCCUUGCUCUCACUAAGCUCCGCCGCUUCUCUGACGCAAGCAACGAGUUCUCCACCGUUCUCGAAGGCGACGACUUUGAGAGCUCACAAUACUUAUACGAAACUUACCCUAACCACUAUCCCAAAUCAACUGGCUCCAUGGUCCCCUUUGCCCUCCGUUGGAUCCACGCCCAUCUUCCCUCCUCACUCGGCCAGCGCCAGCAAGCCCUCGACCGCCUCUAUUCCCUCCUCGAUUUCAUUCGUUCCAAAAAGCUAAACCCUAACCCCGAAACAAAGCCAAGAUCGAAAGUGUCGGAAGGUUUGUGGAGAAAGCGUGAGUGUUUUGUGAUGAACACGAUAAUCAGCUACCAUUUGAGUCAGAAAGAUUUCAAGGUGUGUUUGGAUCUGCUCAAGGAACUGAUUGGGAAAAGAGAAUGUGGGAAGGAUCCAUUCCUAUUGUCAAAAUUCGGGUACGUCCAGAUGCAGUAUGGGGAUGUGGAGGGGGCAAAAAAGACAUUCCAAGCGGUACAAGACAUGGUUGAGAGUGAAGAGGGUGGUGAUGUGAGGAUGAAGAACUUAGUGAGCAGGAACACGGCAUUGAUAUAUAUACUUGGAAAAGACUACGGUUCUGCAGUGAGGCAGUACGAGGAAUGCAUAGAGAGGGAUGGGGGGAUGGAUAUAGUGGCCCUAAACAAUAAGGCCCUUUGUUUGAUGUAUUUGAGGGACUUGUCGGAUGGGAUUAAGGUGUUGGAGAACGGAUUGGAGCGAGUGCCCACCUUAGCACUGAAUGAAACUGUAGUGGUGAAUCUGUGUAGUAUGUAUGAGCUGGCAUACGUUAAUCAUGUCGAUAUCAAGAGGACUCUUAAUAAUUGGAUUGCUAGGGUCGCUCCCGAUGAUUUUGACUCAGCUUGUACCCGGAUUUGAGGUAAGAAAAGUCGUGUGCUUGAGAUCAUUAUUCAUUGUCAUUGUUAAAUGUUUUUUUGUGUGCGCGCGCAUAUUUUUGGCGCACAAUUAAAGUGUAACUGUUCUAAGGGAAGAUUUUGCAUCUUUAUGUUGAAAAUCAAGGACAUAACAUGUUGGUUUUAUAGCUCUAUCAUUUCACUAGUCUCUCAUAUUUAAGUGUUCAUAAUAAGUAAUCGUCCGAAACCAUAGAUUGUUGCAAAAGAGUUUCACUUGUCAGCAACAUGUCUUGUGUCCUAAGACCAUAUUGAUUGUUGGUCCUAGGAUUUCCGCAUGUAAUAUAGGACUGUAUUAAUG